AUGGAAAAAGCUUCAACCAUGAAUGGCUGCUCAGAAGAGUUCAUGAAAGCUCUCGAACCGUUCAUGAAGGUAACAAAACCAGUACCGUUAUUAACCUAUAACCAAACCGGUCCAAUUGGGCUAAACCCACUCACUGACACUCAAAUCCUUGAAAUUCAAAGAGAGUUGCACCUCAGACAAAACCAAGCUCGCCAUCGUGGUGCUAAACCAACUCCAAUGAAGAAAACCGGCGUAAAAAGACCGGUUAAACUAUACCGAGGCGUUAGACAAAGGCACUGGGGCAAAUGGGUUGCUGAGAUUCGGUUGCCUAAACACCGAACCAGGUUAUGGCUUGGUACGUUCAAAACCGCAGAAGAAGCUGCAUUAGCAUACGAUCAAGCAGCUCAUAAGAUGAGAGGAGACAAUACUCGUCUCAACUUCCCAGACAUUGUUCGUCGUGGGGAUUAUAAACAGACCUUGUCUGCGUCUGUCAAUGCUAAGAUCGAAUCCAUAUGUAAUAAUAGGUCAGACGUUCAUGUGCCUGAGCUCCAAAAACCGGCGAAAACAGUGGAAUGGUUCUUUGGUUUUCAUUACACGGUUCCUAAACUGGAGCAAGAACGUGAUUCUUCUCCUGAGUUGAAUAUAACGAUGUUGGAUUUUUCAAGUAGAUGA